AAAAGUGAUAAAUACGUUGACGUAGAAGUAUUUCGUUCAGUGACUCGCAAAAACGCUCCAUUCUGCAAUGAAUUCUAAAUCAAGUUGAUAAGGAUGCCAGCAGUGUUUAGUUUCCAAUCGAAUUGCAAUACGCAAACUAUUGUUCAUAAUCAAAACGCAAUUGAGAAAGAGCAGUUAUUUACAUCAACGCAUCGAGAUAGAAUCAUAACACUGGAAGAACUGUCGUUGCAUGACCAUCCAAAAGACUGCUGGAUCGCUAUUAACGACAGGAUCUACGAUAUCACGGAUUUUCUUGAUGAGCAUCCUGCGGGCGCUGAAAUAAUCCUGGAAUAUGCUGGUUGUGACGCGACAACAGCCUUCAAAGGGUCCGGACACAGCAGCCUAGCUUUAGGAGCUCUGGAAACAUUUCUCAUUGGACAACUGCCUACUGAACAGCGUAUUUAUAAAAAUAGAGAUUCAAGAGGCUCGACCAAUUGUUAAUAAACAGAUAAUGAUGUUCGUGGUGGUUAAGGUCAAAGCUGCAUUGAUAUUUUGCUUCACUGCAUAGCUACAACGUUAUUUUAUUGACGUAUUUCAAGAUAAGGAAUUAUGCAACAGAAUAUCAAUAAUUACAAUGCAAACUCGUUAGGUAAACGAACUAUCGUAUGCUUCUAAUCUAGUAAUGCAUUAUUUAUUUCAUCACCAUAGCAGUUAAUCUCGAGUUGAGAGGUGAUGAGCUUUUUGACACAAUUAUUUGAAAUACUAUUCAGAAUUGAAAAAACUUGACUUCUACAACAGCCUACCUCCAAUUCUUUCAUCCAAAAAUGUUCAUAACUUGAAUGAAAUAGUUAACAUAAAUCAAAUUGCUACAUUAUUAUUAUUACCAGUAUUAAACUUUCUUCUACCAUUUCUACCUGAUACUUUUCACUCAAUAAAUACUGUCUUAUGUAUCCCACUA